CAAGGGAGUUAACUGCACUGUUUAUGUAAGAAAAUUUUGCACGAUUUUUUCCGACUGGAGAAGUUAGAACUGUAAUUGAAGAAUCUUAAAAAAACAAAUAGUUCGCAGUUUAUACAUGACAGGUUAAUUCAUCCAUUCAUGUCUCAGGUUAUUGAACAUCAAACAGUCACAAAACACAAGAUUAAGAGACUACAAAGAUGAAGAAACAAACAGAUUCCCAAACUUACAUACAAGCAUGUCUUGUCUUCCUUGUUGUUAUCUCUAUGACAACAGCAUCUGGUUACCAUGACUACUGUAUUAUUGGUGCUGGACCAGGGGGCCUUCAGUUAGGAUAUUAUUUGCAGCAACAGAAUAGAGACUAUAUAAUUUAUGAACGUACAAAUAUUUCAGGUAGUUUUUAUUCAACUUAUCCUCGCCAUCGAACACUCAUCAGUAUUAACAAAAGACACACAGGAAAAACUAAUAAAGAGUUCAAUCUCCGCCAUGACUGGAACUCUCUUUUGAGUGAUGAUGAAUCUUUGCUCUUCCGACAUUACUCAAAAGACAUGUUCCCACAUGCAGAUGUCCUUGUGAAAUAUUUAGAGGAUUACACGAAAAAACUAAAUAUCAAUGUACAGUAUAAUACAAAUGUCCGAAAUAUUAUAAAAUAUAAAAGUGAUAAAACAUUUGCAAAACAUGAAUAUACGUAUGAAUUUGAUGACCAGAAUACCAACAGAUAUAAAUGUUCAGUUCUUAUUAUAGCUACUGGAUUAUGGGUUCCUAACAUUCCAGAUUUAACAGGUAUUGACUAUGCAGAAGGAUAUGAGACGAUGUCCAUUAACCCUGACGACUAUGAAGGGAAAAAUGUCCUUAUUCUUGGUCGUGGAAACUCUGCCUUUGAAACUGCUGAUCAAAUAUAUGGUGCUACGGGUUUGAUUCAUAUGGUGGGUAGAUCCAGAGUGAGGCUUUCAUGGUCAACUCAUUAUGUUGGAGAUCUAAGGGCUGUCAAUAAUGCCUUGUUGGACACGUACCAGCUGAAGUCCCUGGAUGGAUUGCUAGAGGCCAGUAUCGAUGAGGUUAAGUUUGUAAAGACUGGAGAGAAAUAUGGCCUACAGUUCAAAGAUGAGGACGACGGGCCUGGAUUGAUGAUAGAUAAUUUUGCUUUACGAGAGCCUUAUGAUAAAAUAAUCAGAUGUCUGGGUUUUAAAUUUGACUUCUCAGUGUUUAAUAAUGAUACACAGAUGUCCAGAGGAUAUGGGAGAUCUAAAAAAUUCCCCCGUAUAAACCAUGACUACCAGUCACCUGACAAUCCUGGCAUGUAUUUAGCUGGUGCUGCCACACAUUCAUUAGACUUUAGGAAGUCCGCUGGAGGAUUUAUACAUGGAUAUAGAUAUACAGCACGAUCUUUAAGUAGAAUUUUAGAUAAUCGCUAUCAUCAAGUGCCUUGGCCAUCAACGACUGUUCCACUUACACAGAUGAUGAACAUGAUGUUGAAGCGUAUUAACGAAGCAUCAGGAUCCUACCAAAUGUUCGAUGUUUUAGCAGAUUUAAUCAUUUUAAAUGAUGAUAACACCACCUUUACCUAUCUAGAAGAAGUUCCUGUCAACUUGAUAGAUAAAUUAAAACAACACACAGGACAUAAUGCAAACAGAAUGAUUGUCCUUAUUAUGCAAUAUGGCCGAGAUUUCUCUGGCCCAGGAAAUGAUGUCUUCCGAAUUAACCGUGCUACUGGAGAACCUGCCGACGCCCACAAUUCUAACUUCUUACAUCCAGUAUUUUAUUAUUAUGAAAAGCUCCCUACAGAGGAAGAAAUGAAGCGUAAAACUGAAACAAUGCCAAGACCAAAUAAGAUACAUCAUAUUGUUGAAGAUUUUUUGACGCAGUGGGAUGGUCCUGUAAGUCAUAUUCUACCGCUACGAAGAUUUCUAGAAGACGCUACUAAUACAAACUUACAGCACUCGUUUGCUGAAGAAUGUAUGAAGAAAAGAUUACUAUUUCAAACUGUUCCUAUUUCUUGUCAGCAGGAUUUUAUGGAAGGUCAAGGGUUGAAGGGAACACCUGAUUUGAUUAACCUUUCAAAAACUGCUAAGGAUAUGUAAAAACAAAAUCUUAUUUAUCUUUUAGAUACACAGCUCAAAGUUUGUAAUACUUUGCUUUAAAGGUCGUACUAGUAUAAUAACAACACCAAAUUAAAAGAUAAUUUUAUUUUUCAAUGUUUGAAAUUUCCUUUGACAGAACAGUAAGUUUUUGAAUAUAUAUAUUUUUGUAAAAAUUAUAAAAAAAAUAAAAAGAAAGGUUAGUUUUGUAUGAAUGCAGUGAUUGUAAAAUUUAGUGUUAAAGGUAAGUUAAGAAAAAAAUAACAUAAAACAUAAAAUUAUAUGAAAUGAUUUUUUGAUAAAAUUGCAAUACCUACUAGAACCAAUAAGUUUUAAUCUUCUUUUCUCAUUAUUUGCACAAAUUGAGCUGUGUAUCUAAAGAUAUCACUGUUUUGGAAUGUCAGACAAAAAUCCAUGCAUGUGCUAUCAAAGUGUUCUUUUCUUUGGCAGAAAGAAUUGAAAAGUAUGUGAAUAUUCUAAAAUUUGUUCCAUAUUAAAAAAAUCAUGAAUAAGGUUAUGUAAAAUGACAAGUUUGCCUUCUUGAUUUUUUAUAUUGUCACAUAGUUUGGAUUUUUGUUUGACAUGGCUUGUUUUUCUUUAAAAGUUUAUUUUUAAAGUAAUUUAUUUUUAUAAAGCUAAAAGUAUUUUCUCCACAAAGCCAAAUUAUAUUGUCUCAUAUUUUUUCUUUAACUCAUUGUAUUCUUUAUAUUAAUAAUAUGUGCAAAAAGAACUAUAAGAUUUCAAGAAAUUAAUAUUUUUACAUUGCUGAAAAAUUGAACAUAUCAAUCAUGAAUGUGAAAUAGGAGAUAACUGUAUUGUAUUUUGAUAUCCAACAGCAUCAAUUGGGGAUUUGAUGGUCCAAAUUAAGUUUACUGGGGACGCUUUAGCGGAGUCAGUAAACAGGUAUUUGCGACAUCAAAUCCCCAAUUGAUACCAGCGGAUCUUAAAAUACAAUAUUUUCUUCUCCUUUCUAAUGAAACUGACAGAAAACAACGUUAAAACAUGUAUUUAAAAUCUGUCAUAUGCCGUCUGCGUUUGCACGUACAUCCCAUAGCAUCAAUUGUCAAUUGAUGCCAUGUAAUAAGUGACGUUAUCCAAUCAAAAGGAGCGUUACAAACGUUGUUGCAUUAGAAUGACAAAUGUAAGCAUUGUUUUAAACAUAUGUUAAUGAAUUCACAAAAUUUGAAAUGUAAUAAUUUGAAUAUUAUACAUUAAUAUUAUUGUCCAAUGUCAUUUAGAGAUGAUAUGUGACUUUUAUUGGAAAGAUUAAAAAAGUUGUACUCUCUCAGAUAGUGAUGCUUUACACUUGGUCUAUUUGUGAUAAAAAAAAAUAAUCAAAUUUUAUAAUCCAUCGCUAACUAGAAAGUGAGUAAUAUUUGUUAUAUUGUAUAAUUAAAAACAAUUAAAUUGUUAAAUCUUUGCAAUGCUCUGAAACCACAAAUCAAAAGUAUAUGUAAGUUUUGUAGAAUGUUUGAAAAUUUGCUAUUUAUAAUCAAUCUAUGCAAUGGAAAUGUAUGAGAAUAGUGUAGUGUAGCCAAUAUUAUCUAAUUAUGUGUCCAUGUUUCUGUCUCUAAUAGAAGAUAAUAUGUUAUGGCUGUAUUUAUUUUUGCUUUUUACUUUGAAAACUGAAUGAAAAGUGUAUUUUUUUUUAUAUAUACAACUUGUUCACCUUUCUCAUGGAUACUAGGCUUAUAGUUAUUUUAUUUAUCAGAUUCAAAAAUUGCAUUAUUUUUGGGAAACAGUGGCCGUUGUAAAACUUAUAAUUUCUUUUAAUUUUAUUCCUGUAUUCAAUUAACACAAAUAAUGUGACAAUCAUAGAUAUUGUACCACCAUAAUAUACCCGUCCUUUACGAAGUGCAACUGAAAUUAAAAUUUUCCCACCAAACAGUGAUUUAAAUUAAAGUAAAAAGAUGUUUCAUUUACCUAUCACCAGAUUUAUUUGAUUUCAUGGGUGCUAGUUGUCAUGGUUUAGGAGACCAUCUUUAUUUUGUGGGUUUUUGUUGUAGUUUAUGCCCCAUUUACAAUAGUAGAGGGGUAUUAUGUUUUCUGGUCUGUGGGUCUGUUCAUUUGUGUGUCCAUCCAUCCGUUUGUUCGUCCAUCCAUCUGACCCGAUUCAGGUUAAAGUUUUUGGUCAUGGUAAUUUUUUAUAAAGUUGAAGUUUGAUCAACUUGAAACUUAGUACACAUGUUCCCUAUGAUAUGAUCCUUCUAAUUUUAAUUCCAAAUUAAAGUUUUGACCCCAAUUUCAUAGUCCCCUGAACAUAGAAAAUGAUAGUGCGAGUGGGGCAUCUGUGUACUUGGGACACAUUCUUGUUUUAUAAAUAAAUCAACAUGUAUUUUUUUUAGUGUUAACUAAAUGAUUUAGUUGUGUUAUUGCUUAAUCUUAAAUCUGUAGGUUGUCUGCCAAUGAACAUGUGAAAUGCGUUCAUCAUUUUUAAACUACCGAAACCCAUUCAAUAGCGCAACAGCAAAUUUGGUUAAUUUGAACAAUAUCCUGAUAUUUUUAAGUAAAGGGAAGUAAUUCUGUAAAUAGCAGUUCAUCAGAUUGAAACUAAACUUGUAAUUUAUGACUAAUUAAACUACAUCUUAUCAGCUAGCUUACCAGAAAAUACCAGUUUGACUCCAGGAAUUCAAUUGCCUGUUAAAAUAGGUAUGGAGAUGGCACACAUUUAAGAUUGAGUAUUAACCUAUGUCAAGCCUUUGUGAUGAUAUAUAUUAAAUAAAUAUUUGAUUGAGGGAAAAAUUGUUAUUUUCUUUUGUUUGUAAAUAGAUGUAUGUUAUAUCAUUUGUAUUGUGAUAUGUUUUGUUUACAUAGUCUAUUUGUUAUACUGUUUUGAUCAGUUCUACAGCAGCAGAAUUCUAGUGGUGAUUUUUUUUUCUUUUCUUUAAUGCCUAUCUGAAAUAUAUUUUUGUAAUAUUUAUUGUGCUAUUUAUAGUGCCAUAUAUUGGUCUAUUAGGUCAAAAUGAGAGUUAAAAGUUUUAAAUACAAGACUUGUGCACAUAG